AUGACGAAUCCCACGGCGUCGUCGGAACCACCCGCCAUCAUCCAAUCACGAAGCUAUCCAUCCGCACUCAAACCCUACCACGCACCGAAGCUAGGUAGUGAUCCAGUCCUCGGGCCCUCCUACCUCAACAACACCAUCACGAUGUUCUUGGACUCUCCGAAUCAGCAGCAAUGCCCCAACCAGGAAGAAAAACACCACUGGGCCUCCGCUCGCCCACAUCCUUCCCCUUCCCCUUCCCCUUCCCUUUUCCGUUUGCAUCUUGGUCCGCCACCCGCGAAAGCGCAUCAAGAUCCUCUUGCGUCAUCGCAUACUUCUCGCACCUGGAGCACGCACGAUGCCAGCACUUCGUGCACGCCGGCUUCAACACUCGAUUCUGCGUGCCGCAUCUCUUCUUCCGCUGUCUUCCCCGUCAGCCAAACCCCCCCUCCCAAAAAAGCAUUCUCAUUCUCAUCCUCCCCGCCCUCGGGGGACUGGAAAGUGCAGUACGAUGGCGGCAGCACGGGAAUAGCGGACCUCCCUCUUGCCAGCCCCGUGAUCAGAGACAGAGAGAGCCACGGGUCGCGGCGCGUACGCUGGAGCGGCUCCGCCGUACGCGAGAUCAAGAUGGGGUCUGCUGGAUUGGUCGGGGAUCCCAAAGAUGCGGCUGUGGCUGUAGAUGCCGUUGCUGGUUCUGAUUCUGAUGCUGAUACUGAGGCAUCGGGAGCCCGUGGAGGUACUUCCGGUGCUGUUGCCGGCGUCGUCUCAGCCGAUGUUGAGGACGCGAGUUGUCUCCACGAUGGGUUAUCGCCCCAAGUCACUGCGCGCCGAUGUAACGCGGGCUUGAGAUUGGGUGCUUGGGACGAGAUGGGGGAUGUCGGCGUGGACUGUGUUACGACCGAUGAGCGCGUUUCCGCGUACGGAAGCACCCGUUUGGGGGUCAUGUCCAUCUUGGUGUUCCUGCUCUCGGGGCUGGGAGUUGCGAUUCAAGAACACAGGUUGGGGGGUCUGGGAUGGGAUAGGAAUUUAGAAUCAGACAGUGGCUCUCGUGUUGAGAGGGUAACUGAGGCGUGGGGUGGGCAGGUUAAACCCAGUAGUAGCUCUGGGGCCGGCGCAGAGCAUUCAAGCUAG